CCAAGACGAGCCAAAGUUAAGUGGAAACGCAUGGUGGUUGUGCAGUGCAUGGUCCUGACCAGAAGAAGGUCCUUGAGGAAUUUACGCUGCUAUGAUGGAGUGCCUGGCACGCUUCAUGUUCAGGACUGCGCCCAGCGCUCUGCCACUUCUGCGAUCGCAAGCUGCACCUAGAUUUAUUCAAGCGUGUGGCUACAAACGGUCAGUCCCACCUAUGCGAAUGGAGAUGAAAGCUCGUCGGAAGCGAGCAGGCCCCGAACCCCUGCGGCAUCGCUCCGUUCGUCUGGAAUGGAACUACGACGCGGAAAUUUAUGCCUUCGCCAGGCGCUUGGGCGAAAGCUGGUCCGAUAGCACGCUUAGAGUUGCUUUUGUGCAAGCAUCUUACCUGGAACGGGAAAAGCAACAGCGGGAAGAACUAGGCAUGCAGUCGGAGAACGCGGACAUUGGCCUAACGCCGAACACCGAUCUAUCUGCGGCUGGUUACGACCUUUGUAAGAGUUACGUGCAAAAGUGCAUUGUAGAAACGUUUCCCAAACUUCCCGAGGACGGCGUCAAGGUGUUACAAGACUAUUUGUUAUCGAACUCCGUCCUGUCGAAUGUUUCAAGCAGCAUCGGCACCGCAGACUUAAUCAUGUGUGCCGAUUUUCCGCCAGAAGAAAGCACGCUUGCAAAUGUACUGAUGGCUUUGAUUGGUGGCUUGAUGAAGGACUGUGGAAUAGAACGAGCUCAGCUGUUUGUGCGAGACUUUAUUCUGACACAGCUGAUAGGCAAGGAUGUGUGCGAGUUGUGGGAAAUUUCCGACCCCCACGAGAGACUCGCCGCCGUUCUGCAGAAUUCCGGUAGGGCUCCCGCGGAACCGAGGUUACUGUGGGAGACUGGAAGGAACACUCUUGAAGCCAGUUUCUGUGUUGGGCUUUACUCAGACAAGCAGUUUCUAGGCUGUAGCGCUGGCGAAACAUUGACCAUAGCGAAAGAAAUGGCAGCUAGAGACGCACUCCGCCGUUUCUUUGGUUUGUCGCUCGAUAGAAAUGCUUUGCCCCUGGCAUUGAGACAUCGCCAGGCGACGCACACGAGCUCAGCGGCAGCGCUGUGACGUAUCGAUGUGUAAAUUCGAUUAUUUUUUUGACACAUUUGCGUGACAUUGUGUAUCAUAGAUAUGAAUAUCACUCUUCAAUAAAAACACUUGAAGCAUGCGA